CGCCCACACGGCCAUGGCGGAGGUGAGUGAGCGCGCCCUCCCCCGCCCAGCCGGACUCGAACCCAGAGCCAGACCGGACCUGGGCCAGACCCACCUGCCUCUCCCAGUCCGGCCCGGAGUCAGGGGCUCGAGGCCUCCUCACUGGAGCAGCAGAGCCCCGGCAUGGCCUCCUGCCUGGCCCAUGGCCCAGGCCCUGGUGAGCCUGGAUUGCCCAGCACUGCAGUGGCCAUGGGCUCUGCACACGCCCAGUUCAGCCUCGCAGAGAUUCUGUCGCAGAGCUACGGUGUCCGUGAGGAGCCUGAGGAGGCCUCCAGGGCCCCCCCAAAGUCGGAGGAGGAGGAGGAGCUGGAGAAGCACCUGGUGUCCCAGAGCAGCGACAUGCCUCUAGAUGAACUGUUGGCUUUCUAUGGCUACGAGGCCUCAGAUCCCCUCUCAGACCGGGACAGUGAGGGCGGCGAGGCUGCCGCCCACCUCCCAGACAUGACGCUGGACAAGGAGCAGAUCGCCAAGGACCUGCUGUCUGGGGAGGAGGAGACACAGUCCUCUGCGGAUGACCUCACUCCCUCUGUGACCACCCACCAGGCCCACCUCUUCCCCGGCCAGAGUGCACACAAGGAGCCUGGCGCUUUCACCUCAUCAGACACUGAGGACGACCCUCUGCCUGCCAACAAGUGUAAGAAGGAGAUCAUGGUGGGGCCACAGUUUCAAGCUGACCUCAGCAGUCUACACCUACAGCGCCAGGGCGAGAAAUUCUACGAGAACGAGGACCAGCUGCUGUGGGACCCCGGCGUGCUGCCAGAACGGGAGGUGCAGGAGUUUCUGUACAGAGCCGUUCAGCGGCGCUGGCAGGAGGCGGCCGGCCGGCAGCUGCCAGAGGGGGAGCCCGUGAGAGACAGCGAGCAGGCACUGUACGAGCUGGUCAAGUGCAACUUCAACGUGGAGGAGGCCCUGCGCCGCCUUCGUUUCAACGUCAAGGUCAUCCGGGAUGGCUGCUGUGCGUGGAGCGAGGAGGAGUGCAGGAACUUCGAGCAUGGCUUCCGCGUGCACGGGAAGAAUUUCCACCUCAUCCAGGCCAACAAGGUGCGUACACGCUCCGUGGGCGAGUGUGUGGAAUACUAUUACCUGUGGAAGAAGUCUGAGCGUUACGACUACUUCUCCCAGCAGACACGUCUGGGCCGGCGGAAGUAUGGCCCCUCGGGGACCACGGAUGCAGACCAGGAUUUGGAAGGCAGUGACCCUGAGGGCACCAGCCGCCCCCGCCCAUGCCCACGCCUUGCCCCUGAGGCUGCUGUCCUGGGCUCUGAGCAGCACUCCCUGGCACCCAUGUGUACAGAGCCGGCCACUGAGGACACGCAACCCCUGGACACCCCUGAUGGUCUGCCUUCCACAGAGCCGGCUCCCGUCCAGGCCCUGGAGGUGCCGGCAGAGGAGCCCCCUCCCCAGCAGCCCCCCUCCCCGGCCCCCUCUGCCCCCCACCUCCCUGGCAGCAGUCCCCGACCGGCCGAGCACUUGGCCCUGCCUGGGGCCCUCCCGGAGGAGCUGGCCCUGGCAGCCACCAGUGGGGACCAGGAAGUGAAGGCCACGGCGCCCGCGCAGGUGGCUCUGUCCGUGGCGGAGUUUGGACUCAUCGGCAUCGGGGAUGUGAACCCCUUCUUGGCAGCCCGGCACACAGAGCCACUGUCACACUGCAACCUGAUGACCUGCUGACAUGGCCAUGGCUGAUCUGCUGGACCUCCCCCAGGAGGCCAUGCUCACAGACUCACUGGACAGCCCCCAGGAGGCCAUGCCCGCAGACUCCCACUGGACAGCCCCCAGGAGGCCAUGCCCACAGACUCUCACUGUACAGUACCCUGGAGGCCAUGCCCACAACGACCCACUCGAUGGUGCCUGGGAAGCCUCUUCAGUGCAGACCUACUGGACAGCCCCCAGGAGGCUGUGCCUACAGACUCCCACUGGACAGCCCCCAGGAUACCAUCCCCACACAGACCCACUGGACAGUGCCCAAGAGGCCAUCCCCACACAGAUCUACUGGACAGCCCCCAGGAGACCAUCCCCAUACAGACCCACCGGACAGCCCCCAGGACACCAUCCCCACACAGACCCACCGGACAGCCCCCAGGACACCAUCCCCACACAGACCCACCGGACAGCCCCCAGGAGACCAUCCCCACAGAGACCCACCGGACAGCUCCCAGGAGACCAUCACCACACAGACCCACCGGACAGCCCCCAGGAGACCAUCCCCACACAGACCCACUGGACAGCCCCCAGGAGCCUGUCCCCACACAGACCCACUGGACAGUGCCCAAGAGGCCAUCCUUGUGGCAGAUGGACCAGGACACCAGGACGGUGCCCACUGCCCACUUGGAGGCCUGUCCUGGGCAGACCCGUCAGGAAGGUGCCGAACAUGGGCGACGCCCCACCAGCAGCUUCCGGGCGCUCGUUCCUGGCUCCCCCUCCCUGGCUCCCCCCUCAGCUCCCCUGUCCACCCCCACUGGGCCGGCUGCCCCUGUGCCAGGCCGGGCACAGCCACAUACCUCCAUGGCCGCCGACCUUCAGGAAAAGCCGCACUUUAGCUGGCCUCAUGGCUCCGGACCCGCGUCUGUCGCAGUUCCCCAGGACGUGUUGGGACCUGGCCCAUUGUCUGUUUCUGUUUACAAACUGGAGUGGGGUCCUGGGGGUGGCAGUGCCCGCCUUGUCCCAGGAGAGGACCACACUGUGAAGAGCCGCCGCCUUGAACCCCCGCUCUUAUUUAUUAAAGCUGGUUGGACGCUG